ACUGAUCACUGGUUUAGUCUGGUUGGAUCUGUAGUCACUGUCAAAAACAAGUUCCGGGUCUUUUGAUGGGAAAGUCCCCUUAAGGAACUCAUACGAUUUUAAAACAUUACGAUUUUUAACCACGUAAAAUGAACGAGGUACAUAUGAAAAGUACUGUGUAAUCAUAAAGGAAUUGAAACGGAUGCUCCCUACUCUUCAUUUUCUGUUGUUGAAUAGUUAUUAUAACGCGUGGUCGACUCCUCGCCGUCUCAUCGCUACUAUCUGCCGCAGAGCAAACAGCUGCUCUUAGAUUCGGAUGGCAAAAUAACCGUCUACUAGGGUAAUUUGAUAUGGAAAUUUGUUAAAGAACAAUAAGUGAAACACGUAAUAACAAAUAUAACGCUGUUCUUCUAAAAACUUUAAUUUGAAUUCAAAAAAUACAAAAGGUUUCAUUGUCAAUGUUAUAAGGAUUAUUCGUAUCAAAAUAGAGAUUUAAAACUGUAAAACUAGGUAAUACACAAAUACUACACGUGAAUCUGCGCACAUACAGAUGUGCAUAUAUAGAUGUCGUUAUGAACUAAUAACGCACGUUUGAAAUUGCAGAGGCCGGCAAAUAACCUCGAAAUAUAUUAAAUGACGUUGUUCUAUAUAGUGUUGACAGACAUUUAGCUGUAUUUAUAAUUAAUAACCAUAACGAUGACGAUGGAUAAUUCGUGGCAUGUGAUCAGAACCGCUGCCGCAGAAAAUAAACACGAGUUAGUGUUGUCAGGUCCGGCAAUUUCCGAAUUAAUUGAAAAACGAGGUUUCGACAAAUCUUUAUUCAACCUGCAACAUUUAAAUUACCUAAACAUUACACAGACAUGUUUGCAAGAAGUACCAGAAGAAAUAGGACAGUUGAUAAACUUAACUAACUUGGUGUUACAUUCAAACGAAAUUUCAAAAAUACCUGACACAAUUGGGAAAUUAGAGAAAUUGAAAGUUCUUGAUUGCUCCAGAAAUAAAUUGACUUCUUUGCCAGAUGAAAUUGGAAAGCUCCCACAACUGACCACAAUGAAUUUGAGUGCAAACCUUUUAAAAAUCUUACCUACACAGAUUGGUAAUACUAAGUUGAGUGUUUUGAACCUAUCGAAUAAUCAGUUCGAAGCCUUUCCUGAUAUUUGCUAUCCAGAAUUGGUUCACCUUUCUGAAAUUUAUGUUAAUGGUAAUCAAAUUAAAGAAAUUCCUGCAGCUAUAAAUCAACUGUCAUCUCUGAAAAUAUUAAAUGUAGUAGAUAAUUUAAUUUCAGCUGUUCCAGGUGAAAUAGCUGACUGUAACAAGUUGAAAGAACUGCAAUUAAAAGGAAAUAAGUUAAUGGAUAAAAGAUUAUCAAAAUUGGUGGAUCAAUGCCAUACUAAACAAAUAUUGGAAUAUAUUAAAUCACAUUGUUCUAGGAGUACUAGUUCUGUUAAUUCAAAUUCCAAAAUAAAAAAAGGAAAAAGGUCCCAGAAAUUAUCAGAAUCUGAAAAUAGUGCUAAUACAAUAGAUAUUUUAACGCAUAAGUUAAAAGUAUUAAAAGUAACAAAUGACACACCAUUGAUUAAAAUUACAAAACAUGUGAAAAAUGUUAGGCCCUAUAUCGCAGCUUGCAUUGUCAGAAAUAUAAAAUUUACAGAAGACAGUUUUAAGAAAUUCAUUCAACUUCAAACUAAAUUACACGAUGGAAUAUGUGAAAAAAGAAAUGCAGCUACUAUCGCAACACAUGAUGUAAAAUUGAUUACUCCUGGUGACCUAACAUAUACAGCAAAACUACCAACUGAAUUAGAAAUUAAACCAUUAAUGCGUAAUAAAAUUUACACUGGUGCUUCAUUGUUUCAACAAUUACAAACAGAAGCUGAUAAUUUAAGAAAAGAAAAAAAGCGUAAUGUAUAUUCUGGCAUUCACAAGUACCUUUACCUCCUAGAAGGUAAACCUAUGUUUCCAUGUUUAUUGGAUGCUUCUGAACAAGUUAUUUCAUUUCCACCAAUAACAAAUAGUGAUGUUACAAAAAUGUCAGUAAAUACUGAUACAAUGCUAAUAGAAAUAACCAGUGCCACAUCAUAUCACGUUUGCAGAAACAUAUUGGACCAGUUUUUAAAGGAAUUAGUCAUACAAGGUUUCGGAUGUCCUUCAGACCAAGAAAAUAUUUCCGCUUAUCACAGUUUAGUUGUAGAACAAGUAAAAGUAGUAGAUAUGGAAGGUAACAUGAAACUGUUAUAUCCAUCAAGAGCAGAUUUAAAUCUUGAAGAAAAUUUAAUAACUGUGUUGCGUGAGUAAUAUAUCACUGCAAAUUUUAUAAUUUCAGUGUUCUGUGUUUUACGAUUUUUUUUAAUGUUUAUUUUCUUAUUCUUUUAAAAUAAAAAAUAUUAAAAUAAUCUUUCGUGGUCAAUUUAUAAAUUAUGUUUUGUAACUCUAUGAAAAACAAACAAUUUAAUCAUACAGUGUUAUUGCUGAGCCAUUUUAUAUGAUACCUUUUACUAUGUAUGAUUGCAUAUUAUAUGUUAAUCAUAAUACAAUAUUUUUAUAAUGAAGGAUUAAAACUACAUGUAAAAAUAAUAACAAAUGAGUGUUUAACAUUAUGAGAAUCAAAAAAUAAAAAUAAACGUUGCAAAAAUUUA